AAACAAAUCGCGUACGCAUUCGUUUUUCAGACUUCGUACAAUACAGUAUCUUUGUUUGAUUAAAAUUGUUGUAAAAGAAGAGUUUUAAUUUAUUUUUGUUAUAAACUUUCUAAUUGUAUUAAUUGUGUGAAGUGAAAAUAAUUAAAUAUUGUAAGUUUAAAUUUCAAAUCAUGGGUAUGAUUUCGCGCGUUCGAGGCCGCAUAAGGAGUGAUUCUUUCUCGAUGAUGAAAUCGGAAGAUAAAAUCGCUAAUAUUGUGUGGCUGCUGUCAGUUGUCCUAUUGCUGCCUUAUUGGGCGCCGCGAGGUCUUUUCGUGGCGUUAGGCGGCGCGUGGCUAAUGGCCGCAUACACAUGUCUUGUAGUACCUGUUCUUAUAUCCGCAAACUACCGAUACCCUGCGAGAUGGUACCCCGCUGUGGCGAAAUUAGCACAAGAAGUGGCCCGCAGACUGCGUGCGCCCGGCGCGUGUCUGCUAGGCAUGCUAAGGGCUGCGUACGCGCCGCUAGAGCGUGCUGAGCGUCUGUUCUUGCAGAUGAACAACCUGUCCACUAUUAUAUGCCAGUUAUUGGUUUUCACCGCAUGCGACAAGUUGUUCGUGUCCCAAGGCCGGCUGACCUGCCUCUAUUCUCUCAUGUUCUACAACGUCAUCACCUAUUCCGUCAGCUACGUGCGCGAGAUCUGCACCAAGGAGGACUGGUCGCCGUAUGUCAAUGUUACACGCCACUCCCGCGUCAAGCACCUCGCCAUGUCCGCAACAAAGAUCGUCCUUGAGUGGACCAAAGCUGUAACAUUCAUAGUCACAAUUACGUUUAUCCUCCUUACUUUGGGUCUGGAACAAGGAUUGGAACACUUCCGACCCACAGCUCUGUACACGGCCAUAACUGGCACUUAUUAUUUGUUGACUGAGAGAACUUUCCUGGAACUAUGGCCUAUCGCUUUAUCAGCCAUGAAGCUGGAGAGGUUGGAGGGUAUGGAGGCACUAUAUUGUGGAGUUUGGGCGAGAGGCGUAACCACAGCUCUGGCUUUACCCUUGGUGCCGGCAUUGGCGUGGUGCGAGCGAUGGCGAUUGUCCAUUUUGGUUCUCUACGUGUGUGUGUUUAUGCAUGGACGACAUAGAUUAGGAGAGGCUUUGGUCAAAAUGAAUGAGGCCUGUGAUUCGUUGGCAAAGUUCAGACGGGCGACUCUUGAGGAACUGUCGACUCUGGAGGACGUGUGCGCCGUUUGUUUGGGCAGCAUGAAGUCGGCCCGGGUGACGCCGUGCGCGCACUACUUCCACGCCGAUUGCCUACGCAGAUGCCUCGCUACAUCCGACAGAUGCCCCAUUUGUGUGAGGCCGUACGUCUUCUGUUGAUCACUUCAGGGAACUGUUGAGAAGAAGACUGGCUUUGUGAAGUUUGAAAUCGAUGUUGCACUGAUAUUUUCCAAAAUGUUCCGAAAUAAUAUUGUUUGUAUUAAUAUUAAUUGUUGUGAUUUAGGUUAAGGUACAAUUUUAUGUUGCUUAUUAUGUAACCAGUUAUUGAUUAUUUAUAGAACUGUCUAUGUAACGACAUACAUAACUACUAAUAUUUGAUAAUA